UGGCAGGAGGAUUCGGUGAAGAGGGAGCUACACAUCAUCAGAAGUUUCAUAACUGCAUCCCGGACCAUUAUCUACUUUUCUCACACCUUCAGCAUAGUCGUUGCUGGCGACGACUGCAGAACCAUGACUCGUUGAGACACAUCUGAAGUUCAGCCUAGCAAUAUGCGCCGCUCACCACUCCCGGUGCUCAUUGCAGCGCUUGUGGUCAUUCUUGUUCUCUCGACCUUGAACGUGCUGCACAGACUAGGUCCUUCUGUGUUGGACCUUUGGGCAGAGCGAACUCGCUUCAGUAUCCAUACCAGCCAGGAGCCGGCUUGGGAUGAUGGCGACGAGUAUCUCGUUGGCGUUGGGAAGGGCGACAUCACAGGACCAGUAGCCGAGAUCAAUUUUAUGGGAUACGCAGACCCAGCUCAACUCGGCAGCGGCUUGAGACAACGACUCUACUCUCGAGCUUUCAUCAUCGGCGAUCCUCACGAGGCGGAAGAUCGCUUUGUCUAUUUGGUGCUGGACACACAGUCUGGCGACACGGCCGUUCGGCAUGGCAUCCUAGACGCCUUGAAGGAACUAGGUGGCGACUAUGCUCUGUAUGGCCAGCAAAACGUUGCAGUGACUGGUACCCAUUCUCACAGCGGGCCUGGAGCUUGGCUGAACUACUUGUUGCCUCAAAUCACGAGCAAAGGCUUCAACAAACCUUCUUAUGAUGCCAUAGUCCAAGGCGCCGUCGCCUCCAUCAAGCAGGCGCACGAGUCGCUGGCUCUUGGCCAUUUGAGUGUUGGCACAAUCGACAUUCUGGACGCGAAUGUCAACAGAAGUCCUUGGGCUUACCUGCAGAAUCCCGAGCUGGAAAGACAGCGAUACGAUCACGAUGUCGACAAGACCAUGACUGCACUACGCUUCAGUCAAUCUACGAAGUCCGGAGAGCAGGAUGUGGGCGUUUUGACGUGGUUCGCCGUGCAUGGCACGAGCAUGCUCGGGAACAACACCUUGGUCACUGGUGACAACAAAGGCGUCGCCGCAAUGCUUUUCGAAAAAUCUGUCAGCGACACAUCUUUCGUCGCUGGUUUUAGUCAAGCAAAUGUCGGCGACACAUCUCCGAAUGUGUUCGGGGCUUACUGCGAGUCUGGUCCUCAAGCUGGCGAGCUCUGCGACUUCGAGACCAGCCUUUGCGGCAAUGUGACUCAACCUUGCCACGGACGAGGGCCCUACUUCGGACGUGACGAUAGUGGUACCGCUUCGAGCUAUGAGAUUGGCAAUCGGCAGUUCCAGGGUGCUCGUCGCUUGUUCGAUAACAAGUCGGCUUUCACGCCAGUUCAUGGAAAAGUGGUUCGCAGCAUACACCAGUAUGCUGAUCUUAGCAACUACCAUUUUGCACUGCCAAAUGGAACCGAAGUCAAUACCUGUCCUGCCGCUUUGGGUUACUCAUUUGCAGCUGGCACAUCAGACGGUCCUGGCGCGUUCGACUUCAAGCAAGGCCAACCAAAUGAGCCUCACGCAAACCCUCUUUGGAACGUGGUUAGGAGCUUCAUUCAUUCCCCAAAUGAUACGCAAAAGGCAUGUCAUCGGGAGAAACCCAUAUUACUUGAUGUUGGUGAAAGCUCCCGCCCAUACGACUGGACACCGAACAUCGUCGACAUUCAGCUCCUGCGUGUCGGUCAAUUCUACAUCAUUGUCUCGCCGGGCGAGGCAACCACAAUGGCUGGCCGUCGUUGGCGGGAAGCCUUGCACACUUCUGCUGUAUCUUUACACGGCAGCGAGCCCGACUCUCACAAGUCUGAACCAGUGGUCGUCCUCGGUGGGCCCGCAAACACUUAUGCCCACUACAUCACGACCCCAGAAGAAUACAGCGUGCAGCGCUACGAAGGUGCAUCAACCUUAUACGGCCCUUGGACCCUCGAUGCCUACAUCAACCUAAGUCUGACCUACCUCCCUGAACUUGCAGCGUCGGCCAGUAGCCUACCGCAUCGGAACCAUACUCAUGGCCCCAAACCACCCAUCUUCGUCGAAAAGAGCUUGAGUUUCAUCACGCCCGUCAUUGUCGAUCGCGCCGGCCUCUUCAAAGAGUUCGGACAGGUCACUAAAGACGUCGAGAAAUCUUACCGACCUGGCGACACCAUUUCCGCGACCUUCGUCGGCGCAAAUCCUCGCAACAAUUUCCGCCUCGAACAGACUUUCGCCGCUGUCGAGAAAAUGAAUCUUGACACUGCGGUCUGGGAACAAGUCAGGAAUGAUGAGGAUUGGAGUUUGGUGUACGAGUGGAAGAGGACCAGUACCGCGUUGGGGACGAGUGAUGUCAAGAUUUCUUGGGAGACGAGGUGGGAGAAUGGGGAUUGGAGGGGAUCGGGAGGCGAGGGCGAGGACGAGGAUAUGCUGCAUACUGAGCUUCUGGUUAGGAACGAUGAUGAUGAUGGCGAUGAGCUACGAGGAACGUACAGAUUACGAUAUUAUGGCGAUGCCAAGUCUCUGGGUGGAAGCAUCCAGGCUUUUGAGGGUUAUUGUUAG